AUAAAGAACAAGCAGAAGGCCCACUCUCUUUGGCGGGAGAAGUACGCGCAACUCGUUCGCGUCUGAGGAAUCGGCCAUUUGUUGGGAGGAAGCAGUGCUGUUCAGUGGAAUUUCACCUCGUGUGCAUUAGAAAUUUCAGUGGCAAGAUGGGCAAGUCACAUCUAGUAUGUGCAGCUAUAAAUUGCAAUAGCAAAGCUUAUAAUUGCAAUUUGUCUUUUUUCCGUUUUCCAAAAGACAAGGAAAGAGCUCUAGUAUGGCUGCUGGAAAGUGGUCGGGAAGACCUGCAAUGUAAAAUUGAUAAGCUGGAUAGUUAUAGAUUAUGUGGGGCUCAUUUUGAGGACAAGUGUUUUAAAAACGAUUUGAAAAACCGUUUGUAUCCACAUGCAAUACCAACAGUAUUUCCUUGUUUAGAAGGUCCAAGCUCUGUGUCAUCGAAAGAGAGCCAAAAGGAACAUAAUUAUGCUAAGAGUUCAUUAAGUAAGUACUAGUAAGUUUUUUUACACACACUAUGAUUAAAAUUUGAUGUCAUAUACAGUAUGGUGCAAA